AUGAAUCAAGAUAAAACAGUUGAAGAACCCUUGCUUAGUUAGGCCAAGAUGAAUGAAUAUAAAGAGAGAGAAUUCAGGGAAUACUUGGUCAAUUAGGAUGUCACUCUUGCAAUUGUUAAAUGUAGAUUUGAUGCAAAUUGUCCUUCUAGUUCUCCUGGCUUUGAGGAAUGCUCCAAAUAAGCCUGAUUCUCCAAGUCAAGCACUAAUUGAUUACUUCAGCAUACACAAAGACACAAGGGCUCAUGAGGACUUCGAAAAAUUGAAAAGCGAUGUUGAAUAAUUAGAAUAAGGUUAGUGAUACCUUAUAACUGUAUAGAGAAUAAUGAAUUAGCGAAAGAAAUUGAUUAGAUGAAGGAACAGAUUGUUUAAUAGAAAUUGGAGAAGCAACGUAGGGAGGAGGAGGAACGAUUGCGUAUGGAAGAGGAGGCAAAAAAGAAUACAAAGAAACCUGCAAAGAAAUGA